ACUUCAUGCCCGAUUCCUGAAUCAGUCGCGCAGGCACCAGCGAAACGAGCGUUCUCUCCUCGCCAUCGUUCUCGAUUGCAGUCGUCCCGAUCGUGUUGUCCCGAUCGCGAUUUCGUCCUCGCACUCGUCUUCUCACGGGACCGCGAUCCAGUGGAGCUACCGAACCCUUGUGGAUCGCGACCGUCGUGUCCCGAUCGUCAGGUCCAAGCUCUCUUGCACCCUCAAGUAAUCAGCAGAGGGAAACCAUGGAGUCCUGGCUGAGCGACGUUCAGCGCGUGCGAAUCCCGCGGCCCAAGUUCGGCAGCGGCAAUUCCGUGCGGCGGUCGAACUCGUCGGUGCAGCACGUGCGCUCGGAGAUGCACUCGCGGCAGGGUCAGGAUGUGGCCAAGGCCACCGAGGAGCUGCGCCAGGCGCUCCAGGACAAGCUCUGACCGACCGGCCGCUCUAGGGGACGAGAGCGCGGAAACACUUCACGUACCUUGUUCGCCAUCUUUGUACCUGCCACCAAGAGAACUUGCUCGAUGACGACAACGACGACGACGACGACGACGACGUUGUGAGAACAAACUUGAAUCGUCGUUCAACUUUCUAUUGUAACGAGGAACGUUUCUUGAAGUUAACGUCGUGUCUCGUGAGGUUCUUCCGUCGCGAAUCUGAAGAGAGAAUUCUCUCUUAGCAGUUAUCUCUCCCGUGCCUUGAAAUCUUGCCGCAUAGAUUAAUAAUUCCUUGAGUCUUUUUUAAAGUAAAGUUUGCUGUCGGCAGAAAUCCAAAGUUAAAUUUCGUUACAUUAGGCUCGAACUUCUCCAGGUAAAGUCGAGUUUGGACUUCUUAUUAAUUCUGUUGCGAAGUUCCUCUCCGGAGGUAGCCGAAGAACAAGUUUUGCUCCUAAUUAGCGAAUCGUUGAUUUCCUUUGACGCGUCCCCGAAUUACCUUACUAAUUCCGGCUUGAUAAUACCUCUGUGAUCGUGAGAAAGAGAGACUAUCGCGAGGAAGAGUCGCAGAGGCUCGGCCUGGAGCCUGAAGAAACGUUCGGCGAAUUAAUAGAAAUCGAGGGCGAUUCGAUCGUCGUUCCGUCGUCGAGCGAGCGAGCGUUUACCGAGGAUUUUACGAGAGUCACACUAUCACUUCGCGCAUCUCGGCGGGUUGGUCGGUCAUGCGGAAGAAUGAGUUGGGCGUCGGAACGGCGAAGAUCAGAACGAGGACACGUCGGCAACACCUUGGAACACAUACACACAUUCUUUCUCUCUCUCUCUCUCUCUCUCUCUCCCUUUCUCUCUGUCUUCAUUCCCCGCGCUACCGAUCGAUCGUAGUCGUUAGGUGCAAUUAGUCGAGAGGCGAUUUGACAACGUCCUCGUCCAAGCUUCUGUCGAGAGAAUCUCGAACGCGGAACUUGUUCGCGAUGGUUCGUAGCGUGAGUCGCGCGACUCGCCAGUCGCGUUUUCUCGACACCCUCGAAACACCGCGGCCUCAAGAAGAGGAAGAGCUGAUCAUCAUGCCGUUUCCGAUCGCACGCGGUGUGUCGCGGUCGACGAUAAGAUCGCCGAGAAGGAGACAGAAAGAAACGGAGAGGAGACAGAGUCGCGUCUUCGGCCAGACACUGUAGCCUCCUAAUUAGCGUGUAAUUAUUAAUACGUAGCCUUGUACGCACAGCACAGAAAAAUAAGAGAGGAACAAGAGAAAGCAAAGUAUUCCUAUAUAGGAAAGUAUAUAAUCGUCGUUAGUCGUAAUUAAUCAUUAAGUCAAGGACCGGAUAUCAUCGAUCGUUCAUAUGCGCGCGAUUUUAAUUGGUAGACCGAUGUCGAGUCUCAUUAUUUAUGGCGAUUCAUUAUGCACGAUUGUAUCAUCGCGCAUCGUAUCAUCGAUAUCACUCAUCGGUUCGUCGACGUGAAGACAUUUUUCUUUCUUCUUUCUUCGUAAAAUGAGAGAGAGGGAAACAUGAAAACGCGCAUCCCAUCUGAGAAUCGUUCUUUGUUUUUUUACGAGGAGAAUAAAGGCGAGCCGAAAGUGCUUGUACAUCAAU